AUGGCAGAGCUCGGAGCUGUUGCGGCUAUCACGCAAUUGGCAGGGCAAACCCUCAUGUGUGCGAACGCACUCUAUAGUCUGUUCCGACAGAUCAAAGCGGCUCCAAGGCAGAUUGAGCAUUUACUGCAAGAGAUUAGUAUCAUCGCUCAAAUACUGAAAGAUGUCCCAUCGAAGGAUGUCACAGGCAGCUCUGUUGGCGGGCUAGGCUCUGGCUCAGCGAAGACGGGCUUAAGGGGAAAGUUGAAGCUGGGAAGUGUGAUGAUGGUUAUGAAAGAGAAGGAGGUGAGAGAGUUAGUGGAGAGGCUGCGAGGAUCAUACAAUAGCUUGCCAUUUGCCGUUGUGUGCCAUAGCUUUUUCGCAGUUUCUCAAAAACAGGAUGUUCUAGAAUCCUGUUUCGAGAGUGGAGAAGUGGUAUCCUCAAGCCUCGCCUCGACAGUUACAUCGAAGAAUAACGAGAGAAGCCUGACGACUAAAACGGAGAGGAGGAUUCAGAGCACAUGGUGGGGGCUUGGAUACAUACUAACGAGUUCAAUCAAAGCAACCUCCUCGAAAGAUCCGGACCAUGUUGACUCUGAAGUCGUACAAAUUGAGCAUAAAGUUAUCCCAGCAACUUGGACUCGUCUAAAAGGCUUCGCAUUGUGUCAAGGUCUGGAUAACGGUAAUUGGAAGUACUGGUUUAAGCCCGGGCAUGUCGUGCCAGAAUCUUCGGAAGUAUUCCAAGCUUGCAUGUAUGGCGAUUUAGAGCAGCUCAUUGCUCUUGUGAAAGAAAACAGAGCCUCGGUCCAUGACACGACUGAAACUGGAUAUACUCCUCUCCAUGUAAAUUACGCAUUCAAGAUAGGCUUGAAGAAGGUUGCGGCAUUUCACCACCGGCCGAACAUUUGCGAAUGGUUGAUUAGAAACGGUGCAAAUGGCGAUGAAGUUGAUGUGGAGCGAGGACCGACUCCGCUGUACCUUGCUGCCUUUGAAGCUGGACGCGGAAAUCGAUUUGACCCAAAAAGCCUUAUAUACAGCAGUGAUAGCGUCUUCCGACCUCGUGAUACGCUUGAAACUCUCCGUAUACUUGUGGAGAGUGGCCAGUGCGACCCAAUGGCCAAAACACUACCUGCGGACUAUUAUAGCGAGCAGACAGCAUUGCAUGGUUGCGUGGGCCCCAUCGAGGCGUUCACAUACCUUCUGGGACAAGACAAAUUUUACAUCGACUUAGAAGAGCGUGAUGGCCAUGACUUAUGCAUAGAGCGAGCAAUCUUGGUUGGUAGUAGCUAUCCAGACAUUUCGGAGAUGGUGAUGCAUUUGAGAAAGCUCAAUAAGCGCCAAGGGAACGUCAUUAACGACACGAGUGUGAUCAACCACUCCCUUCAUUUAGCGGCGUGGAACAUUGGUUCCUUAAAGUUCAAAAGGAACUGCUUGGCACGCUUUGAGGAAUACUGGCUACAGAGAGAGCAAGGGUACAAUAAAGCGUCUCGAUGGGUUCUUGCAGACAUACUGCGAGAAAACCCGCCUCUUCAUUCCGGCCAUGGAUUCGCCAGAACUCCUCUUGCCAGAUUAGUAGGAAGCUCCUUUGCUAUGCAUGGGAGUUAUCGAGAACCAUUUUGCAAAACUAUCCUCACCUGGUUCGACUUGCUGAGGGAAGCUGGUCAUGACCUGCAAGAGUAUAUCCGGACCGAAGCCACUAUCUAUCAAGAUUAUAUCUACAAUUCAAUUGAACAAGAGAAGUGGCAUUAUGAACUCGGUUAUCAGUCUGCACCUCCCCUGUCGAGAGGACUGGAGCGGACGAUCAAGCUAGAUACUCACCCAGAGACAGGUGAUCUGCUGUUCUCUAUAAUCGAAAACUUGAUUACAGCAGAAGAAUUUGAAGUAGAAGGUAGAAUCCCUGGGGCAUGGCACUGGGAUCAAGAACGAAUACACUGGUAUAUGCUACCAAAAUCAAUGGAGCUCCGGCCAGUUACAUUUUCCAUUGGUCUCCUGAAAGACGGUACUCAGAAAUUUGGAGUCUUGGACGAGGCGAUAGCAGUUGAAAUCAAUUGA